AUGCUCAAGGAUAGUAGAGGUAAAUUCAUCUACGUAGGGGAUUCAGCAUCUCUAUCAUUUCUGGCGUCGGUGAGAAACACGUUACGGGCUGCUGUAGGGCCAUGCCCCUUUACCAAUGAGCCCGCUCGGAAUCCUAUGGUAGAGGCCACCUCGAAAAUACGCUUUGAGAUGGUCCGAGAGCCAUCAAUAGAUCUGGCUACCACCCGGAGUAUUGCAAAAGAGUUUUUCCUUGCUGUAAGCGGGAUAUUGGACUUCUUAGACCCACCUUGGCUGCUAGCCCAGUUGCAGGACUGGGUUGAACAACCCUCACAAAGAACAAAGGCCAAGUCUGCCAUCAUCCACCUGGCCCUCGCUAUAGGGUUCCAAGCUAGAGCUCAAGGCGACGUAGACGAGCUACUUUCUGAACAAUGCUUUGCGUUCGGGCGUCAUCUUACCAUGUUCAAUCUCAUAGACGAUCCCAGCCUGGCGACCGUCCAGGCAGUCAUAUUAAUCACUUAUCACAUGAUGGCGGCAUGCCAGUACAACGCCGCCUUUAUAAAUCUCGGCACCGCUGCCAGGGCCGCCUAUACACUUGGAAUUCAUCUCCAUGAGACAAAUAAGGCCUUCGGCGGCGAGGAAGGCCUAGCUAGAGAGCGUGCUUGGAAGUCAUUGCGAGUAUGUGAUCUAUUCCUGGCGGCUUCUCUAGGAAGACCGCCCGCGACGACAGAGGCUGUAUCAAACAUCGUCUGGGCGCCACUUAAACCCCCGCAUGAUUAUGAACGCCCUGAUGUGGCGGGACAAGUCUUCUCAGCCAUGUUUAGGAUCUGCAAUGUUUUUGAGCGAAUACUGGUCGAAGUUUAUGCAGAAAAGGCUAUAAGCCUCGAGUUGGCCAGAAGUAUCUCGCAGCAGCAUAGACAAUGGACCGAAGAGUUGCCGCGAAUGUUGAUGGUUGAUGGGAUUGAUGAAUCAGACGCGGAGCAGAAUCACGGCUUAAGCAUCGUCACGAUGGCGUAUUAUUAUUCCAUUGUUCUACUUACGAAGCCUUUUCUGACCUUCCGAGUCCACCAUGCUUCGGAUAUAGAAUUCUCAAAAAGCGAAACUUCUUCCAUUAUGAUCAGUCUCGCAACCUACGCUGACGCUUGUGUCAACUCUGCUAUAAAAGGCAUCGACAUCGCUUAUGAAUAUGUCUUCGAGCUAAACACUCCAAGCCGGCAACCUUUGACAGAUCUGGACGUUAUACCUGGUCCGUGA